AUGAAGUGUGUUGAUGAUAUGAAGACUUUUCAGGCUGCUGUUAUGGCAGAUUGUGUGUAUGAUUUUUUGGCUAGUCUUGACGAUACUUAUGACAAGGUCCGAAGUGAUAUUCUACGAAGUGAUAAAGUUCCAAGUAUCGAAAAUGUAUUUUUUAUGGUUCGUCGCGAGGCUCAACGCUAUAUUACUAUGCUUGGAUCCGGCACCAAGAUUGGGGAACCUGCUGUUGUGUUUGCUUCCAAAGACACUGCUUUGGUUUCUCAGCGUACAGGGUCUGGGUCUUCUGCUGUUCCGCCUCGUCGCCUGACUUCUGCAGAAAAAGACAAACUGAAGUGUGAUCCCUGUGGUGAAAAGAGACAUACUAUCGACACCUACUGGGCAUUACAUGGGGUACCAGAUUGGGCGCAAGAGCGGAGGCGUUUAAAAAAGGAACAACUGGACAACAAAGCUCAUGUGGCUGUUGCCCCCACUUCUGUGGAUGACAUCACCACUAGGCACGACCACCUUACUGCUACUCUGCCUCUUCUAUGUUGA